UCGGCAUUUCCCCAACUACAAAAACACCCCAAAAAAAUACAAAAAGUCUACAGUUUCAUAAACCAUCAAACCCACUUCAAAAAAAUCUAAAAAAAUCCAAAAAAAAAAUAAAAAUCAUGGGUAUUGUAGAAGAUGCACACAACGUAAAAGUGAUAGGAAAAGGAGAGCGAAUUUUAGUUCUAGCUCACGGAUUCGGCACCGAUCAGUCAGUUUGGAAGCACCUGGUGCCUCAUGUAGUGGACGAUUUUAAGGUGAUUUUGUAUGAUAAUAUGGGAGCUGGAACUACAAAUCCUGAGUAUUUUGAUUUUGAAAGGUACGCUAGUCUUGAAGGCUAUGCUUAUGAUUUGCUUGCGAUUUUAGAAGAAUUUGGAGUGGCGUCGUGUGUUUUUGUUGGUCAUUCGGUUUCGGCUAUGAUUGGGGCGGUUGCUUCCAUUACUCGCCCGGAUUUGUUCUCUAAGCUUAUCAUGAUCUCUGCUUCUCCAAGGUAUUUGAAUGAAGUGAAUUAUUAUGGAGGAUUUGAGCAAGAGGAGCUAACUCAAUUAUUCGAAGCAAUGCAAGACAAUUACAAAGCAUGGUGCUCAGGGUUCGCACCGUUAGCCGUUGGUGGCGACAUGGAAUCCGUGGCGGUCCAAGAAUUUAGCCGAACCCUGUUCAACAUGAGACCAGACAUAGCUCUAAGUGUGGCUCAAACCAUAUUCCAAAGUGACAUGAGAUCAAUCUUACACAUGGUCACAGUCCCAUGUCAUAUUGUUCAAAGCAUUAAAGAUUUGGCUGUCCCCGUCGUAGCGUCCGAAUAUUUGCAUCGACACCUCGGUGGUCAGUCUAUCGUAGAGGUCAUGUCGACGGACGGUCACUUGCCGCAACUGAGCUCACCGGAUGUUGUAGUUCCGGUGCUUCUUAAACACAUCCAUCAUGAUAUUGCUACCUGAUUUUUUUUGUGUGUUGUUUGAUUUUUGUUUAUGGGUAAGUUGUGCUUACUUUAUAUGUUUGAUUAGGUUGGUAAUUUAGGAUUAUGAUAUGUUGAUUGUGGUGGUUGGACCGUAAGGUCACUUGUGCUUGUAUUGUUAAAUAUCAUCGAGAAUAAGAUUUCUGCACGUAUUGUUGUAAA